AUGAAAUGCUCCGAAGACAUGGUGAAAUCGAUUCAAGAUGGAAAAUUGAUCGACUUCAAUGCGAUUGCUCCAACACUGAAUGCUCCAAUUCAAACUGAAGCUGUUGCAAGAGAAACAGAGAUGGCCCAAAACAAGAUUCUUUAUUCUGCAAAGCUCGACGAGAAGAUGCGAAGAUCAGCCUACUUUGAAACGAAUAAGCAAACUGUGAAGUCAAAUAUCAUGCUGAAGUUUGUGACAAAGGCAAUGGAUAUCAAGCUUUGA